AUGACAUCCACAACACCCAACACCGAAGGAGAAAGAGGAGGAGGAGGAGGAGGAGGAGGAGGAGGCUUCCUCCCCCCAGCCCUCCCAUCCCCCGCCCCCUCCACCCCACGACCAAGCACGCCCUCCCUCCUCCCCAAACCGCGAACGCAUCCUCUGCGCGCAGGGUCCGCCAAAGAAGCAACAGUGAUCAAUCACAUCGAUACGACGCUACUGAAGAUUUCGCGCCGACACGCAAAGAAAUUCAGUAGUGCUUAUUACAAGCCUACUAAUGAUGGUGAUGGAUUCAACUCCAAUGCGACGAUGGGUUAUUCCCCGGAGUCGUUCGAACCUCGGAGGGAGGGAGAAGGAGAGGUGCAGGGCUAUGAAAGCUUCAAGGAAGUAGCGAGGGAUUUGGAGGGUUUGGUGGAUGUGCUUUGGGUUAGUGGGACGCCAUCCCUCCAAAUCCCCUACCUCAUCUCCCUAGCCAUCCAAGUCAACUCCUAUCUGCCCGAGUAUCCCUUCUCAGCGGCGCCUACGUUCCGCUUACUGCGGAAGUUGGAUGAGGUGUUUGCGGAGCUUUUAGGUGGUGGUAGUAGUGGUAACGGGGAGAAGAAGAGUGUGGUGUCUAUGACGGAGAAGGUUCGGAUCAAGAGUAUUGCGGAGUCGUGUCGGGUGUUGGUUGUUGAGAAGAGAGAGAAGGAGAUUGAGGAUGCUAAUGGGGCAGAGGAGGAUGAUUAUGAUGAGGAUGAGGAUGAAGAGUUCGAGGAUGUCUAUGGGGAUGCGAAUAAAUUGGAGGAUUAUAUGCCUGUUCCUGGGAAGUGGGAGAUGGAGACGGCGAAGGUUUAUGAGAGGACGAUUCAGUUGUUGGGCGAUGAGUUGGGGGAUGUGGGUGAGUUUUGUGAUGAGGAUUUGGCCGCUGGGGAUGGAGGGGUUUGUGAUACGGGGGAUUUUGUGGUGGAGUUGGAGGAUGAUGAUGAU